ACAGAGCUGCAGUGUCUGCAGGCUGCUGCUUCCCUCCCACUCCAUUGACAGCACUGCUGAACAAAAAAGGGAUUGGGCUGGGGACCACGAGCCAGAGGAGCUGGGGCUGCCAGCAGCACUGCUGGUCCCACUUUUCUAUGUGCCUUUGUGAAUCUCUCUGUGCUCAAGAUGUCUCACCACAUGAACAGCUCCACACUGCCAACCUCACAUCCCCCUGAGCACCAGCACCCCACCAGCACAGCCUCAGGCCAUGGGGGCCACGACAUGAUGAUGAUGGCCAUGACUUUCCACUUCAGCUGUGAGAAUGUGCCAUUGCUGUUCUCUGGACUUACAAUCAAUUCUCCUGGAGAGAUGGCUGGUGCUUUUGUGGCUGUCUUCUUCCUGGCCAUGUUCUAUGAAGGGCUGAAGAUCGCCCGGGAGUGUCUGCUCCGGAAAUCCCAAGUCAGCAUCCGCUACAACUCCAUGCCAGUGCCCGGCCCCAACGGCACCAUCCUGAUGGAGACACACAAAACUGUGGGGCAGCAGAUGCUGAGCUUGCCCCACCUGCUGCAGACUGUGCUGCACAUCAUCCAGGUGGUGGUCAGCUACUUCCUCAUGCUCAUCUUCAUGACCUACAACGGGUACCUGUGCAUCGCCGUGGCCGCCGGAGCGGGCACCGGGUACUUCUUCUUCAGCUGGAAGAAGGCAGUGGUGGUGGACAUCACAGAGCACUGCCACUAGCACUGGGGUGCCUCUCCACCCCUCUGCUCCCUGCCAGCGCAGCCACACGAGGACUGGAGCAUUCCUAAGCUGCCAAGAGAAUCAUGAUAAAGAAAAUCAACUGGAGUUCACUACAGGUUCCUGGAGGGGUGCAGGGAUGUGAGGAGCUGGGACACGCUGCUCCCCUUGACUCCUGAGAGUCCAUGGCAGCCAUUCCUGGCCAGGAUUUGCUUUAUUCUUAGAUUAUGCUGUGAUUGAAAUUAGUUGGCUGACAGAACUGUAGAAAUUAUUUUAAAAGGAAAACAAAACCAUUUUAUUUUUAAAUUGUAAAUGCUCAUCAGUGAGGGUUUAAUGAACAGUAGGAAAAGAUCAGUUGCCAAUAAUGUGUGAAUGGCUGUUUUAAUUUUUUUUUUUCAAUGUGUACAUAAUGCCAGGGGAGGAGAUUGCCCUGGCAUUGUGGCUUUUGGGGCCAAUGACACCUUUUGCUGUAGGACUCAGCCUCAGAGGAAGAUUUGGUGCUGCACAUCAGACACGCUCAGGUGUGUCCUGGCAAGGGAGGACUUUGACCCAAGGAUGUGAGCUGUGUGCUUCAGGGACUGGAUGAAAUUGCCCUCCAAGCCCCCCAGAGAUGAUGAGUGUUGUCAAUCUGAUGUAUCCAGCAGCUUUACUCAGCCCCCAGGGAGAACACUUGAGUUGGGCUGCUUUCCCUUGCCAGUUAUGGAGCAGAUAAUGGUUCUGUAUUUACAGGGCAGAAAGAUUCCCAAUAAACCAUUGAUCCCACAGGUACUUCAUGUGGAGCUGCACCUGGAUGCAACUAGAGCUAAGCUUUGGGUUACUAGAAUUGGUUCUGUAAAUGGGGCAAGAGCUAAAUAAUGAUUUCAUGACACUAAAGUGAAAAUGGCUGGAGGGUAUCCCUGGCUGGAGGUGAAGAGGGAAAACAACCACAUUCCUGUAAAGGAGAGACUUGGGGAAGAAGAGAAGGAAAAUACAGGACUAGAGCAGCCUUCAGUGUCUUCUCAGGUGAAAUUUGGAGCAGCAUGGGCCAAUCAAAAACUAUUCCUGACCCAGAUGGCUCCUCUUGGUCUGGACAAUCACAGUGUGCCCAUGCUGGAGGUGCAGGUUCUCAGUGCACUGAGGGAACUCAGUGCUGUGCCCAGUGCCCAGGCUGUGAGGGGGCAGAACCACCCUCCUGCCAGGCCAGGCUUGGGGAGCAGCCCUGGUUUAGCACCUGGAUGUUAAAAAGCUUGUGCAGAGCUGGAGGUGGUGGUGCAAAGGUGGUGCAAAGCUGGAGUCUUCCCUCUGCCCAGAUUGCCCAGUUUGUGCCUGGAACUGGCUGGAAGGGAAGAGUGGGAAUUUGGGAAGGGCACUGAGAACAGACAGCACUUUCAGGCUGGGGCUGGUGUCUGGGACAGGCCAUGAGAACAGGGAAUCCUGCUGGAUAAAGCCUCUGGGCACACACAGGAAAGGUUUUUUCCCCUGAAGAUGCUGCUGGUGACUUGAGGCAGCAGCUGGGUGAGGAAAGCUGAUCUUUGGAAGGGGGUGAGGCCAUCCCUGAGUACCUGGUGCUGCUGUCCCUGCCCAGAGCCCACCCUCUGUAAGGAAAUCCCAACUGCUGCUGCCAGGGCUUGACCUGCACCUCCCGAGAGCCCUCCUGGGCUGAUGCCAAGUGUUUGUUUGGACAUCUUGUUUUCUCUGGACAGUGCAACUAGAGAAUAAAAGGAACUGAGUUAAAAGCAGGCUUAGGUUCCUAUGUAGCUGCUUUCUGUAGCACAUUCACAUCUGGGUGAGAGAGGCAAAGUUCUUUUCAUGGAAAAGUUCUAGCCACCUCCUGCUGAGAGACAGGAAAAGGGCUAAAGUGCUUCCUUCCCCAGUCUGAUCUUUGAAGGGAGUUCUGUCUGUGACAGAGCCUCCUGUGCCCUCUCUGCACCUGUCACCAAGGUGAAACUUUGCUGUGCCCUCCAGGUAAUCAUGGGAGGGGAAACCUCACCCUCCCCAUCCCUGGAGAGCUGGGAGGAACGUUAGUGUUGGACAGAGAAAAUGGACAAUCCCUUCACUGCUGCUGGAGCUGAGAGGAAAUCUGAGUGUUGGUCAGAGAGAACUGGAGCUGUUAAAAGCUGGAGGUGGUGGUUGAUGGGGGAGGUUUGCACCCCUGGAGGAGCUCAGGGUUGCCAUUGUUUUUGCUGGAAGGGGCUGCAAUUGUUGCCAUCACAAUGACAGGCUGGAGUGAGGAGUGGCUGUGUGGUGGCACUGGUCACCUCAUAUACCUCUUGCUGUGUCUUUCUUUGGAACAGAAGCUGCUUGGCCUGAUCUUGCUGUCACCUUUUAGCCACUUUUCUGUGCAUCCAAGUGGCCAGACUUGAAUUCUCUGAGGGAUGAUUUGGAGAUCAGGCUGUGGCUCAUCAGUGUCAGUCUGGUUCUUGUUAAGCUUUUCUGUUUGUACCACCUGUGCCCUGGGAUUGUUUCCCCCAGAAUGAGCUUCUCUGUGCCCGUGUUGUCCCCAGAGAGGGCACAGAGCUUUCUGCAGCAGGCACAGGGAGGGGACACGAGGCUCUCAGGUGCCCCAGCUGCUCCCACAGCCGGCACGGGGGGAGGUUUGGGAAGGUGAGAGGGGAGGUGGCUGAGGAGGGCAGGUGAGGCUGUGUCCCCUCUGCUGUGUCCCCUCUGCUGUGUCCCCUGUGCUCUCAGCUCCUGGGGCUCAGCUGGGGAAGGGCUGCUCCUCCUGCCGUGGCUGUGCUCUCCCAGUUCAGUGUGACAAUCCAGAGCAGCCAUCGGCCUCCCCUGCCGCCAUGGCAGCGCGGUGUGCCCUCAGCCGGGCCGCUGCGUGCUGCGGCACAGCCUGAGCAAAGCCUGAGCUCCCUCUGGCGGGAUCGGCAGCUCUGGGGCAGCCCCAGCCCCUCUGCCGAGUCCAGGUUGGUCCUGGCAGCACGGGGAGGGCUCCGAGGGUGGCACACGCGUCCUGCUCGGGGGUGACACCCUGUGCCCGUCUCUGUGCCCUGCACACGCUGUGCCUCCGCAGUGUCACCGAGGAGGGAGCUCAGAGCAGCCGCGCCUGUCCCUCAGAGGGCUUUUGUUGCUUUUCUUUGAGUGCCUUUUGAGUUUGUCUGGAGCCAGUCCCACCCAAUCCAGCAGGAUUUCUAGUUUUGUUUACAGUGGACUGUCAGUUUUGUUUUUAUUCUUGCUCUUUGUGGCGGUAACUUGUCUGAUGUUACUGUGAAUAUCAAGAAUCUCCUGUACAUAAUUAACCAAUAAAAUAGAUUGCAUUUUA